AUUUGUUUGGAUAUAUUAAUGAUUUAGUUUGGCAUGAAUUCUUUAAAUAUGCCUACCCUCAGGUUGAUACUUGCAAUGACACUCCUCAUUUGUAUUAUCCAAGUCGAAGGUGUUUAUAUACACCUAAAACAAGGGGAAAAGAAGUGAUUCAACCAUGAUUCCCCUGCAAAUGUAAUUGUGAUGGCGCACUACGAUAUCCUAAACGAGAUAACAUUGUACGACUCACAAGAGGGCUUGGUGUCAACCAUCUACGAUGCUAAUAAUCCACGUGAAGCAAGCAAGCUAGUCAUUACCUCUACUGACAUGAUGUCUCAUAAGGUGCAUUCCAGCAAGCCAGGAGUGAAGAAAAUUUGAAUCGAGCCGACUUACAACUUCUUUAGCAAAUACAUGAACUUCUUGCCUGAAGGAUAUGUCAAAAUUCAGGUCUCCAUCAUUGACGAGCUAAAGGUUGACGAGAAGUUGUCCCAGGCUUUAAACAGAGAACAGCUGUUAGCAUCCAGAGAAGACAUACUAAGCUUGAUUACCCACACUGGGAACAUCCUUCGUGAGCAAGAGUAUGAUAGAAUCAAGGAAGACCUUGGCAAUGAUUAUGUCAAGAAGUUAGAUGGCAGAAUCAUGUGGCUAACUAUCCUACAGAUCUUAGUCAUCAUUAUAUCAUCUGUAAUUUUUUUGCACACAGUCAGAGGGUACAUCAAAAAUUAAAGAGAUCAAGGUACCUAAAGUAGUUGAAGCUUUCUAACUUUUAAGCAGACAACUAAGUUUGAGCUAAAUAGAGUUUGGAAUCUCUAACAAUUU